UGUUUUCGAAUAGCGCAUGCGCGUCGAGCCAAAUAGGAAGCAGCGUAGACGAGUUUGGUGAAUAACGUCUAUGUGGACAGCAGAAUGAAAGCGUUUGCUUUAGAAUAAUUUUAGUGGGUUUAUGUUGUCGUGGAGAAAGAGAGCCUCUUUAAAAUGGAAGGUUGACAGUUUGAAAGGACGUCAGUAUAAUUUAAUGUUAUUGUAUGUAUUAAAGACUGAGCGACAAUGAUGUCAAGAUGCGACCCGACACAAACCGAGACCAAGGAGCCCGUGGUGGAGUCUAACUUUCACUUACAGGACCCUCCAAAGAUAUUAUUUGACAGGAAUCGGACAGGUUUGGAGUUUGCAGCGAACCCUGGAGUCGCCGUUCGUAUUUCGGGCUCUUGUGAAAGCAUCUUGACAGAGCUGGAGGCGGACGGCUCCGGCGAAGAGACGCUGUUGUUACCGUGCUUAACAGGGAGCUCGUCAUCUCCGCGAGGUGUACGAGAGAAGCGGAGCAGGCGGAACAGACACAGCUCGUCGUCCGAUAAAGACGCCUUGGCCUCCCCAGGGGCCAACAGUGGGGACUUCAAUCAUUUCCCUGACGAUCCUGAGUUUGCAGAUAUUAUACAAAAGGUGGAACAAGCUAUUGAGAAUGGCGUCUUUCCAGAGAGGAUUUCCCAGGGUUCCAGUGGGAGCUACUUUGUCAAAGACCCAAAAGGGAAAAUCGUUGGUGUCUUCAAACCAAAGUCAGAGGAACCUUAUGGUCACCUGAACCCUAAAUGGACCAAAUAUUUUCACAAGCUCUGCUGCCCGUGUUGUUUUGGCCGAGGCUGCUUGGUGCCUAACCAGGGUUACCUCUCAGAGGCUGCUGCUUCGCUGGUUGAUACCAAGCUUGGACUGGGAGUGGUGCCCAGAACCAAGGUGGUUUAUCUGGCUAGUGAGACCUUCCACUACAGUCCCAUUGACAGAGCGAAGUCCAAGGGGAAGAAGUACGCCUUAGAGAAAGUCCCCAAAGUGGCAAGACACUUCCACAGAGUGGGCCUGCCCCCCAAGGUGGGUUCAUUUCAGCUGUUUGUGGAGGGCUACCAUGAGGCAGUCCAUUGGCUGCGGCGCUUUGAGACAGAACCUCUGCCAGAGAACAUCAGGAAGCAGCUGCAGUCCCAGUUUGAGCGUCUGGUGGUGUUAGACUACGUUAUCAGAAACACAGAUCGUGGUAAUGACAACUGGUUGAUAAAGUAUGAGAAGCCAGGAGACGGAGCUGAAGGAGAUGGACAAAAGGAUGCAGAGUGGCCAGAGGGCUGUCCAGACUGCUGCAUCAAGAUCGCUGCGAUCGAUAAUGGCCUGGCCUUCCCCUUUAAACACCCAGAUGAAUGGAGAGCCUACCCAUUCCACUGGGCAUGGCUCCCCCAGGCUAAGGUAGCCUUCUCCCAGGAGACCAGAGAACUGGUGCUGUCCCGCCUCUCGGACAUGAACUUUGUCCAGGACCUCUGUGAGGACCUGUAUGAGAUGUUCAAGACGGAUAAAGGAUUUGACAAACCCAUGUUUGAGAGACAGAUGUCUGUUAUGAGGGGACAGGUGUUGAACCUGACUCAAGCAUUGAAGGACGGGAAGAGCCCCCUCCAGCUGGUGCAGAUGCCUCGGGUGGUGGUGGAGCGCAGCCGUUCAGGGGGCCAGGGGCGUGUAGUUACACUGGGCAAUGCCUUCACACAAACCUUCCACUGCAAGCGGCCCAUUUUCUCCUCCUGGUAGUCAGAAAAAGGUGAGGAGGGGGAGCUGAGGAGAGGCUUGA